UUAAUCAACAUAGCGAAUGAAUAAAUUGUUUAAAAAUGUCACAAACAAGUGAUGCACCAGAAAAACAAGUGCAAGAUGUAUUAUUGGAAAUAAACAAUGUUGCAUUAAAAAUAAAACAAAAAUUGACAGCGAUCAAUGAACUUACUGAUAGUCAAGGAGACAUGAUAAUGAACGUAAUGGAAGCAAAUAAGUAUUUAUCAGAUAGAGCAAAAGAUUUGGGUAUAAAAUCAAUCGGUGAAUUAUUAAAAUCAACUCAUGAUGAAGAUGAAAAUAAUGACAUCCUGGCUAAUCUUCGAAUUAAUGAUUUACUUAAAAAUUUAAAAGAAGCUCAAUCAUUAGCCAAAUGA